GUUCCGCCGUUGUGUGCUUGGACGGGGCAUCCGGUGCAGCUGUGGAGCGCGGAUGAUGAAGACGGUGGUGAUGAUGAUGAGGAUGAUGAAUGGCCCGGCAGCUCGAACAGGCACUGGGGUCCCGCCGUCAUUAUGUUUACUGCUGUGCGCUCUAGUCUUUCUCCCAUCGUGCGUUCACUCGCACCCGCAGCCGUGCCAGGUGCUGAAACGGAUCGGACACACGGUUCGGAUCGGGGCUCUGCACGUGCAGCCCCGCUUGCUCUCCACCACAACUACCGGUAGCUCUAAAGACUGGGACGCGGAUAGAGGCUGGAUUGGAAGUGAGGAGUUGGAAAAGCAGGUAAAAAUAAGUUCUGGUGCACCUGGAUACGGAAGCCUCAGGACUAGAGGCACCGUUAAUGCCCAGAGGGGGGCCAGCAGGAGUAAGAGCCAGGCAAGGCAGCGUGAGGAGAACAACUCGAGGGAGAACCGCGUGUUCGCACCCCGAGACUCUGUCCUGCUCGCGGUGGAGGCUCUCAACCGGGCCGGAUUGCUGCCAUACAAUUUAUCCAUGGAGGUCGUCAUGGCCGUUGGGUCCGGUUUGGGGGAGCUUCCCGCGUUCUCCUCCUCCUCUGCGGGCAGCCCCGAGGGCGACGACCCGCUGUCUUUCUUGGAGAGCGUUUGUCACACCGUCAUCGUGCAGGGGGUUUCCGCCAUGGUCUCCUUUCCAAGGAACCUGGACGAGUUCGUCAAGUUGGAAUUCAUCUCGCUCGCGCUCCAGGUGCCAGUAGUCAGCGUUGUGCAGAAGGAGUUUACGCGCCAAAGUGAGAAUCCUCUCCAUUUUCAACUGGCGAUGCGGACCGUUGAGGCCCCACCGUCCCGUCUCCUCUCUACCCUUCUGAUGAUGAAUGGCUGGUGGGACAUCAGUAUUCUGCUCUGUCAGGAAUGGGACAUAAGCGAUUUCCUCCUCCUCGUCAAAAACAACACCCGCUUUCACCUGGGCACUCUAGUCAACCUGACUAAUACCGCUUCAACGUCUUCAUCAUCGCACUCAGGAUUGGCAGCAGGAGGGGAAACUUCAUCGUCAUCAUCUUCCUCUUUGCCUUACUUCUCCCCUGCUGCCUCGUCCUCUGCUGCUUCUGCCUCCACUUCCUCUUUAAAAUCGGACCACCAGCAGGCUCUCAUGCGGCAGCUGGAGGCCCUGAGAGAACCUUCGUCCACCAGGGGAGUGGUGACGUUUGGGUGCGAGAUCCGCGAGGUGCGGCGCCUGUGGACGCUGGCCAGUCGGAUGACGCUCCCAGAGUUUCACUGGGUUUUGGGGGACAGCCAGAAUGUGGCCGAGCUGAGAACAGAGGGGUUGCCCCUGGGGCUACUAGCACACGGCAUCAUGGGAUCCCCCUCUCUUGAUCACUACGUGCAGGACUCGGUGGAGCUGGUCGCGCGGGCCGUGGGCAGUGCGGCCAAAGAGAACCCUGCCCUGGCACUCAUACCUGGAACUACUAACUGUAUGGAUGUACCGCAGAGCAACGGCAGUUCGGGUGAAUACUUGUCAAGAUUUCUAUCCAACACAUCAUUUGAGGGCCAGACGGGUUUUAUAUCCAGAGACUCUUUCAGCCAGAAUGUCAUCUCAGAGGCCCAUCACUACAUCUGGUCCCUCCAGCUGGACCCUCUAGGCCAGCCAACCUGGACCCGCCUGGGACGCUGGCGCAGGGGGGAAGUUCUCAUGGACCGCCGGGCCUGGCCGAGCCAUCAGGGAUCUGGGGGCGGAGGAGACUGGCGUCGAUCUGCGCGACUGCACAUGCGGGUGGUGACGCUGGUCGAGCACCCGUUUGUGUUUACCCGCGAGGUGGACAGCGAUGGGAUGUGUCCCGCGGGCCAGUUGUGCCUCGAUCCGCUCACCAAUGAUUCUUCGGUUGUUAAAGGAUUAUUCAAGAAGCUCUCGGGACGCAAUGGAUCUGUCCCCACAGAAUUGAAAAAGUGCUGUUAUGGUUACUGCAUAGACCUGCUGGAGAAGCUGGCAGAGGACAUGGGCUUCACCUUCGACCUCUAUAUUGUAGGCGAUGGGAAGUACGGUGGGUUCAAGAAUGGGCGGUGGACAGGAUUGGUGGGGGAUCUGCUCAGUGGCGCCGCCCACCUGGCAGUGACAUCUUUUAGCAUUAAUUCGGCCAGGAGCCAAGUCAUCGACUUCACUUCACCCUUCUUCUCCACCAGCCUGGGAAUUCUGGUUCGUACACGCGACACAGCUGCACCCAUCGGUGCCUUCAUGUGGCCUCUCCAUUGGUCCAUGUGGCUCGGCAUCUUCGUUUCACUCCACGUCACCGCUGUUUUCCUCACCCUGUAUGAGUGGUUCAGCCCGUUUGGUAUGACCCCACGUGGACGUAACCGCGACCGGGUCUUCUCCUUCUCCUCGGCGCUCAACGUGUGCUACGCCAUUUUAUUUGGGAGAACGGUGGCCAUCAAGCCGCCAAAGUGCUGGACAGGCCGCCUGCUGAUGAACCUCUGGGCCAUCUUCUGUCUGUUCUGUCUGUCCACCUACACCGCUAACCUAGCUGCCGUCAUGGUCGGGGAGAAGACCUACGAACAACUGUCAGGGAUACAUGACCCAAAGUUGCACCAUCCCUCUCAGGGAUUCCGAUUCGCCACAGUUAAAGAAAGCAGCGCGGAGGACUACCUCAAGAAGAGUUUUCCUGAGAUGCACGAGUACAUGAGAAGAUACAAUGUCCCGGCAACACCAGAUGGCAUACAUAAUCUCAAGGCUGAUCCUCAGAGACUGGAUGCAUUCAUCAUGGAUAAAGCUCUGCUGGACUAUGAGGUUUCCAUAGACGCAGAAUGUAAGACACUAACAGUCGGGAAACCUUUUGCAAUAGAAGGCUAUGGAAUCGGUCUCCCUCAGAAUUCUCCACUCACCUCCAACAUCUCAGAGCUUGUUAGUCAGUACAAGUCUGAUGGCUUCAUGGACACGCUGCAUGACAAAUGGUACAAGGUUGUGCCCUGUGGAAAGCGCAGCUUUGCUGUGACUGAGACGCUGCAGAUGGGAAUAAAGCAUUUCUCCGGUCUGUUUGUGAUGCUCUGUGUGGGCGUGGUUUUGUCUCUUGUGACCACAGUAGCAGAACACAUUGUGUACAAGCUGGUGAUCCCGAGGGUCAAGGAGCCACGCUUCAGAUACUGGCUGCACACGAGCCAGAGAUUACACCGAGCCCUUAAUUCAGUCUUCAACGAUGACCAACUGCCGACUGUAACCAAGCCUGAUAAGAGGUGCAAUGAGGGAAACAACCAGUCAGCAUGUUGGAAUCCUUCAGAGUCGUCCCACUGCAACAGGCGUAGGGUCCUUCCUCAAGAGAUGCAGAAUGACCUGGAGCGCCCAACCUCCCAGGAGCUCCCUGGACCACCACCGCCAUCCCCUCAGUCUCAUCCACAUACGUUCCCCCUACUGGAGAAGCACCUACCCAUAGUGACCAACACUAACGGUCGCUCUGACCUGCUGGGGCGGGGGUUGGGCCAAGGACUUGGGCCAGGGCAGGGUGGCUCCGGGCAGGGGACGACCGUGGGCAGGAAGCCGCUGGUCCAGGAGCUGUCAGAACUUGAGGGUCAAAUCCUUGUUAUCAAGCAGCAGCUGCAGACAGCAAUGAGAAGGAAGCGAGAGCUAGAACACUACCAAUCAGAUAACCAGCAAGCAAACCAGACUGCACACAGUCAGCCCACUACUCACCAGUCUAACCAGUUUGCUCAGUAUACCCAGCCCCACGAGCAGACUAACCAACACACAAACACACUACCCGAGUUCUGAAAAUGUUCUCCUUUGUUCUGCCUAGACAAAUGUGAUGAGACAUGGGACAAGUUUCCUAAAAGGUUAUGGAAAAGGAUCCUUUCAUGAGUUUUGGAGAUGGAGCCUUAACCUUCUGGAAGUUGAAUCCUCCUCCGGAGUUCCCCUGAUUGCCCAACUGAAACGUUCCCCAGGGAUCCUGCUCUGUCACUCCAGUGGAACAUUUCCUGACUUCUGGAAUGUGUGAUUCACUAAUACCACAGCCAUUGGACAAAGGUGAACCAGGGACCCUGAACCAAAUCUGUCCUCACUAGCGUGUUGCUGUUACUGAAAAGCUGUCCAAAGUUUCCUCUUCAUUACCCUUGCAUUCCCCAUUUUUUUUUUUUUACACCUCACUGAUCCCUUAAUUUUUUUCCUUUGACUUCCAUUCCUAAUGCCCUCCACUUCGUCCUUCUCAUCCCUUUCCUCUAAGCCUUGUCUCUUCAAGGGUAAGAGAUCUGCUUGCAAUGACGAUAAGCUUGAUCACAGAUAUGAAGACCGGUAUUUAAGCUUAAUGGGCUAAUUCGCCUGAGUCUUAUGCUGAGACUUAUUGAGAGUGUGAAUGACCUGAAGUUGAACCGAUACAGUUAAGUCUGUAUGGCCUUGCGCUGAAACCUUGUACCUUUUGAGGAGGAAAGAAAAUAUAUUCAAUUGCUGGUGAUUGAUGUAUCGGUUGAUUUGAUUGAUGACCUAAUGAAUCUUGCUUAUGACAAUGCAGCUUAGGUCAUUUAUUUCUCGUGCCACUUUUUGAAGGUCGUUGGGGCAUUUGCUAUGAUGAAAGAACAAGGAAUCAAAAUUCAGAAAGAAACGUCUUUAUUCAUCAAGAACAUCUGGAUGGCAUCUUGUUUUGUGGAUCACUAUGUAUGUUGUCCUGCACUUCACCGAUGCACUUCUGGUUUUUAAAAGAAAGCUGCACCUGUGAGUCAUCAUUUAACUUGUCAGAUUUUGAUUUGUGGUCUAGAUGGUUUUUGUCUUCAAAGGUUUCAGUGUUAUAAACACAGGAUCGGAAAAAGUAUUACAAUCUGUUGUAAUAAAUCCAAGAGUCUUUUCAAUCAGGGAUCCAAAAACAGGACAUUUUUACCCACCAUCUUGAAAUCAUACCGGUGCUCUCGCAAUCUCUACCAUUCGAACCACCAGAACUACUGUUUUGUUUUUGGUGCAAUCACAAUGUUGAUUAGUGAAAGUAACAUAAACAUGGACCACUGGUCAAACUCUGACAUUUUAUUUGAAUAUGAUGAUCACUCAUAACCGAACACGAUGAAACAGUCUCACUGUGAAUUUUCUUGCGUCUUUGAGUUUGGAUGUGUCCAAUUAUUAAAAAAACAUACCUCUC